UACUUUUUCUCAUAAGCGUUUAAACAUUUUCACAUCCUUUUCAUGCAUAAGCAGGGAAAAACCCGCUAAGCACUUGUCGCCAACUUUUCUCUUUCUUUUGAUCAAUCACCCAUGGCUAUACUUCAUUCUCUUAGUCCUUUGCAUCAUCGGUAUAAGAAUUGCAAUGGAAUUCUUGAUUUUAGAUCUAAAACAUCUAAUCCAAGAAAAUAUACGGUGAGAUGUGAUUAUGAUGAAGAUUUUUGUAAAGAGAGAUAUGAAAAUAAGAGGUUUAGGAUGUUGAUUGCUGGUGGGGGGAUAGGAGGGUUGGUCUUGGCUUUGGCAGCAAAACACAAAGGAUUUGAUGUGAAGGUGUUUGAGAAAGAUUUGAGCGCAGUGAGAGGUGAGGGUAAGCACAGAGGUCCGAUUCAACUAUUAAGUAGUGCUUUGGCAGUUCUGCAAGCUAUUGACAAACAAGUUGCUGAGCAAAUCAUGGAAGCUGGUUGUGUUACUGGUGAUAGAAUCAAUGGACUUGCUGAUGGCGUCUCAGGGGAAUGGUUUACCCAGUUUGAUCUUUCAACUCCUGCUUUACAAAGGGCGCUUCCUGUCACUAGAGUAAUCUGUAGGAUGGCACUGCAAGACAUAUUACUAAAUGCUGUAGGUUUAGACAUUGUAAGCAACAAAUCGAAAGUUGUUGACUUUAUCGAAGACUCUAGCAAGGUCACAGUGAUCCUUGAGGAUGGACGACGAUAUAAUGGGGAUGUUUUAGUUGGGGCUGAUGGAAUAUGGUCAAAAGUACGAUCCAAGUUAUUUGGGCAAGAAGAUGCAAAGUAUUCUGAUUAUACAUGUUAUAGUGGGCUGGUAAACUUUGUUCCACCAUAUAUUGAUACUGUUGGGUAUCGAGUGUUCUUAGGAUUGAACCAGUACUUUGUUGCUUCAGAUGUCGGAAAUGGAAAGAUGCAAUGGUAUGCUUUCCACAAGCAGCCCCAUAGGAAUACUGAUCCUCCAACAGGUAAGAAGAAGCAUCUGCUAGAAUUGUUCAGAGUCUGGUGCGAGGAAGUGACUGCACUAAUAUCAGAAACACCAGAAGAAAUGAUUCUGCAGAGAGAUAUCUAUGACAGAGACAUGAUCUACACAUGGGGGAUUGGACGUGUGACUCUGAUAGGUGAUGCGGCACAUCCAAUGCAGCCAAAUCUGGGGCAAGGGGGUUGUAUGGCAAUUGAGGACUGUUACCAACUUGUACUUGAGCUUGAUAAGUUCAGCAAAAGUGGUUUAGAUGUUCAACAGUCCGAAAUUUCUUCUGCACUUAGAAGAUAUGAGAAGAAAAGAAUAUUCCGCGUUAGUACAGUCCAUGCAGCCAGCAGAAUGGCAUCAAAAGUGCUCACUUCUUACCAACCUUAUAUAUAUUUUCGAUCUGGUCCCUUGUCUGGUCUAUCAACCACAAGGAUAACGAAACCAUCUUUGCAAGUGGCACGAAUACUUUUGCAAAUUUUCUUGCCACAAUUCAUGACUUGGAUGAUAGCUGGUUAUGGGUUGAGGUGAAAGAUAAUACAAGUGAUUGGUGAUUUAUAAAUUUUAGACAGUCUCCUAUCUUUUUGUACAGGUUCAAAUAUCUGUUGUAUGUAGUGAGAGCUUUGUACCUGUUUCUAUCAAUUAACUAGUAACGACAUACAAUUUGAGCUUAUACUCUGAUGAAACUGUUGUGGGAA